GGCCGGGGCUGCGCAGCCCCAGCCCGGGACGGGCGCCGCCGCCAGCGCCGCGCCCGAGGAGUCGUCGGACAGCGAGCCGGAGCAGGAGCCCGGCUCCCCGCAGAAGCUCAUCCGCAAAGUCUCGACGUCCGGGCAGAUCCGCCAGAAGACUGUCAUAAAGGAGGGGAUGCUGAUGAAGCAGACCAGCUCCUUCCAGCGCUGGAAGAGACGAUAUUUUAAGCUGCGAGGACGAACACUCUACUAUGCAAAAACUGCCAAGUCCAUUAUUUUUGAUGAGGUGGAUCUGACAGAUGCCAGCGUGGCAGAAUCCAGCACAAAGAAUGUCAACAACAGCUUCACGAUUAUCACUCCAUGUCGGAAGCUUAUCCUUUGUGCUGAUAACAGAAAAGAGAUGGAAGAUUGGAUUGCAGCACUGAAGACUGUACAAAACCGUGAACAUUUUGAGUCUACCCAGUACAGCAUGGACCAUUUCUCAGGGAUGCACAACUGGUACGCCUGCUCGCACGCCCGGCCCACCUACUGCAACGUGUGCCGGGAGGCACUGUCCGGGGUCACCUCGCACGGGCUGUCCUGUGAGGUGUGCAAGUUUAAAGCUCACAAGCGCUGUGCUGUGCGGGCAACCAACAACUGCAAGUGGACAACUCUGGCCUCCAUCGGGAAAGAUAUCAUUGAGGAUGAAGAUGGGAUCUCGAUGCCACAUCAGUGGCUGGAGGGAAACCUGCCCGUGAGUGCCAAAUGCACCGUGUGUGAUAAAACCUGUGGCAGUGUCCUGCGUUUGCAAGACUGGCGCUGCCUGUGGUGCAAAGCCAUGGUACACACAGCAUGUAAAGAGUUGCUGCCAAACAAGUGCCCUCUUGGGCUGUGCAAAGUGUCUGUCAUUCCUCCUACUGCUCUGAACAGCAUUGAUUCAGAUGGUUUCUGGAAAGCUACUUGUCCCCCUUCUUGCACAAGUCCUUUGUUGGUCUUUGUCAACUCAAAGAGUGGAGACAACCAAGGUGUAAAAUUUCUACGAAGAUUCAAACAGCUGCUGAAUCCAGCCCAGGUCUUUGACCUCAUGAAUGGAGGACCUCACCUGGGUUUACGCUUAUUCCAGAAAUUUGACACUUUCCGGAUCCUGGUUUGUGGUGGGGAUGGAAGUGUUGGCUGGGUUCUCUCUGAGAUUGAUAGCCUCAACCUUCACAAACAGUGCCAGCUGGGAGUGCUGCCCUUGGGAACAGGGAAUGACCUUGCCCGUGUGUUAGGCUGGGGGUCUGCUUGUGAUGAUGACACCCAGCUCCCACAGAUCCUGGAGAAGCUGGAGAGGGCCAGUACCAAAAUGCUGGACAGGUGGAGCAUCAUGGUGUAUGAAACCAAACUCCCUCGCCAGGCCUCUACUUCCACAGUCACUGAGGAUUUCAGUGAGGACUCAGAGGUGCAGAAGAUUCUCUGCUAUGAAGACUCAGUGGCUGCUCAUUUGUCCAAAAUUUUGACUUCUGACCAACACUCAGUGGUCAUCUCCUCAGCCAAGGUGCUUUGUGAGACAGUGAAGGAUUUUGUGGCUCGAGUAGGGAAAGCCUAUGAGAAGGCAACAGAAAGCUCAGAGGAAUCAGAGGUCAUGGCCAGGAAGUGUUGUGUCCUGAAGGAGAAGCUGGACUCAUUGCUGAAGACGCUGAAUGAUGAAUCUCAAGCAUCUUCUUCUCUGCCAAACCCUCCUCCCACCAUUGCAGAGGAGACCGAGGACGGGGAUGGGUCGGGCAGCGCCUGCGACUCCUCGAGCGAGCGCUCGGUGGGCUCGUCCUGCACGGCGCGGCCCCAGAUAUUCCGGCCCCGGGAGCAGCUCAUGCUGAGGGCCAACAGCCUGAAAAAGGCCAUUCGCCAGAUCAUAGAGCACGCAGAGAAAGCUGUAGAUGAGCAAAAUGCCCAGACCCAGGAGCAAGAGGGUUUCCUGCUUAGUCUGUCAUCCUCUGAGGAGGGCAAGGAGCUGAGGAACGAGGAUAAAAUGUCCCUGCAGUCAUCACACAGCAGCAGCUGUGGAGUGUCCAAGGGGAGGAGGAAAGCCUCCAAGUCUCCUUGCGAAAGACUAAUAAACAAAGGAAGUUUGUCGCUGGGCAGCUCUGCAUCUCUUCCUCCCCAGACAGGAAACCGGGACAACUUGCCAAUGCUGAACACAAAAAUCCUCUACCCAAAUAUCCGUGCUGGCAUGUCUGGUUCUUUGCCUGGGAGCUCUGUCAUCAGCCGGUUGCUGAUUCACGCCGAUCCCUUUAACUCUGAGCCUGAAAAUCUUGAAUGUUACACAGAGAAGUGUGUCAUGAAUAAUUACUUUGGAAUUGGACUGGAUGCAAAGAUUUCUUUGGACUUCAACAACAAACGUGAUGAGCACCCGGAGAAAUGCAGAAGUCGUACAAAGAACAUGAUGUGGUACGGAGUGUUGGGGACCAAGGAGCUGCUGCACAGAACGUAUAAAAACCUGGAGCAGAAAGUCUUGCUGGAGUGUGAUGGGAGGCCAAUCCCUCUGCCCAGUCUCCAGGGGAUUGCUGUACUCAACAUCCCCAGCUACGCAGGAGGCACCAACUUCUGGGGGGGAACCAAGGAAGAUGAUACAUUUACAGCCCCUUCCUUUGAUGACAAGAUUUUGGAGGUAGUGGCCGUGUUUGGCAGCAUGCAGAUGGCAGUGUCACGUGUGAUCAACCUGCAGCACCACCGCAUUGCACAGUGUCGGACGGUGAAGAUAGCAAUCCUUGGAGAAGAGGGAGUUCCCGUGCAAGUGGAUGGAGAGGCCUGGAUCCAGCCUCCAGGUUACAUUUGGAUUGUUCAUAAGAACAGGGCACAGACCCUCACCCGAGACAGGGCAUUUGAGAGCACCCUCAAGUCCUGGGAGGACAAACAGAAGUGUGAGUUGUCCCGACCCUCCUCUUUCUCUCUGCAACCAGAGAUCAUGUCUGAAGAGGAAUCCACCCAGAUCAACCAGUUUGGUCAAGCUGCAGGUGCUCUGAUCCACAGCAUUCGGGAAAUAGCCCAGUCCUAUCAGGACAUGGAACAGGAGCUUGCCCAUGCUGUCAAUGCCAGCUCCAAGUCUAUGGACAAAGUCUACGCUAAAUCCAAGUCUACAGAGGGUCUGAACUGCAGCCUCGUGGUAGAGUUGGUGAAUAAUGUCAAAGCCCUGCACAAUGAGACAGAGCUGCUGCUGGCAGGCAAGAUGGCUCUGCAAUUAGAUCCUCCCCAGAAGGAGCAGCUCCAGGCAGCCCUGGCAGACAUGGACCUCCAGCUGAGGAAAUUGGCAGACAUCCCUUGGCUGUGGCAGCUUAUGGAGCCCUGUGAUGAGGAGAACCAGAUGCUGGAUUAUUCUAAACGCAGCCGCAGUGGCAAAUUCCGCCUGGUGACCAAGUUUAAAAAGGAGAAGAACAACAAAAAUAAGGAGACUCAUAGUAGCAUGGGACUGCCGGUUCACCUCUGGGGAACGGAGGAGGUUGCGGCCUGGCUUGAGCAUCUCAGUCUUUGUGAGUAUAAGGAUAUCUUCAUCCGCCAUGACGUCCGGGGCUCUGAGCUCCUGCACCUCGAAAGGAGGGACCUCAAGGACCUGGGUGUGACCAAAGUGGGUCACAUGAAGAGGAUCCUGCACGGGAUCAAGGAGCUGAGCCGGAGCACUUCUGCCAGCGAGGCUUAGCCUCUGUUUUCACAGCCUGUGUCUACCAUUCCCGCUAACUGCACAGCAGUCACCUCACCGAGCAGAUGUGCUCACAACUGUCUCUACUGAGCAGCCAAGUUGGAGCUGUUCAGAGCUCAUAUCAACCAAGCAUGGUGCUACUUUUUCCUGUGGGGUACGGCUGCAUCCAGUGGAGAGGCACCUGCUCUGCAGUCGGCAGAGCCUCCCGGAGGGAACGCGCUCGCUGCUUGAAGAGCCAUGUCCUCUGACGUGGGAAGUUCUGGUUCCAGUGACAGUGCAAGACUCCUGAGAAUUGCAACACAGCUACCUUUACUGGAUAACUUCAUCACAGUAGAAUAAUUCAGGGCAAAAGAUAUAUUGGCCAGUCUUAGUUCAGGAGCAUCUGACAGUCUCUUCAGACCCAAAACUUUCCCUCUCAUCCCUGUGCCACACCUGUAUUUAGCGUAUAUACGUGGGACAAAGCUUGUCCUUUUGUCUUACUGCUCCCUUUUUAAUACACCUGUAGUUGCAUGCAGUUUGCAUCCAAAAUUCAAAGCCAGUACAGACCUCCUCCAGUGAAUAUCAGUGAUUCUCACUCACUUAUGCCUUUGCAACAAACAAUGCAUGUGGUUCACCAGCUGGCCGGGCCUCCCACUGGGCCUGGCUCUCCUGUCCCAGCCAGGGGCAAUGGUACAUCGUCAGGUGUUCAGGCAUCACAAACAAUUGUUCAGAAAUUCUGGUAGUAAGAAAAGACGAAAUUCUGGAGAGCCAGAAGGUUGCAGGAGAUCAGCUCUGACAUUCCCUCUUCUGAAUUCAUCUUCAGGAGGCCAGAUAAAAGGGAGAGGAAAGCUAAUGAGAUGUUUGGGUGGCACAGGAAGUGUAGCGUAAUGAAGUGAGAUAUAGGACAAUUUGCUCUAUCUUGGUGGAGGGAGCAGAAUGAUGGGCAACAGCCUGCCCAUUUAGUGCCACUUCUGUGGCCACAAACAAGAGAGCUGUUUCUUUGCUUCAGCUUGCAGUGCAGAAAACUAUUUCUGUCACAAAAUAUGUGAUUUAUGUCUAAUACUUGCAUCUUUUCACCUGUCUUGAUCUUAAUGGCUUUUCCACCUUGCUUGUCUCUCUUGCUGCCUUGCUCCUUCACUCCAAGAUGAUACCAAAAGAUUAGGAUGGCUCAGUACCCCUGAGAGAGAUACCAUGUCUUCUCAAACAUCAGAGCACUGAGAGAAGGAGGAUUGUUACUGAGGACAUGAGCAUCUUAAUGAAAACAGAAGUAUGUUGAUAAAUUGCCUUUGGUUCCAUCAACAGUGUAGCAUGGAAAAAUUCUUGCCUCUGACUCAGAGUUUCAAGGUGCCUGGCCCCAGCUCAGUGACUGUUAAAGCCCAAGACGAGCAUGGAUAGCUAUAUCACCAUGUUUAUCACUGCAAAGGAAAUUCGAGAACAGCCAGUGCUGUAGAAGUUGGGAGACAGCAGAAAUUUUUAACUGCUCUGUCAGUUUGUGUGUGUUUUAUUUUUUUGUUAUUACAGAGUGGCACCUGUCUGAUUGUGGCUGCAGGCAGAAUAGGCCACACACACAGUGGUAAAAAAGAUCAUUACCUGAGGACAUCAUUCUUCUUUGUAAGGAUUUUUAUCAAAUUGAUAUCACCUCUCUGGUCUAACAAUAAGCAGUCAAGUUAGCUUAUGUAAAGACUUGACAGCUUAUAAAGGUUCUGGGCUGAUUUCAUUCUGGGCAAACUCCAUUGGAUUCUCUAGUAUUUCACCAAGGAUUAUUCCAGCUCUCCCUGUCUUGUUCUAACCAGUCAGCCUGGUGAGUGACAGGUUUUGCUCAUGAGAAGGUAAAAGAAGUCUAAUGUGCUUGAUCCAGGUAGGAACAUUUCUGGUAUAAAUACUGUGGGGACUGAGCAAGGAAUACGUCCAGCUUUGCCCUGAGUUUGUUUUUCCUACCUAUACAUUGGCAAUUGCUUCCAUAGCUGUGUUUUUAUUUCUCAGUACAGACCCCCCUCACUAUAAUGAAUUCCUGAGGUAUCAGAUCGAUAAGAAUUGCAGACAUACUGUAUUUUUCCACUUGCUUGGUGAUGCCCAGAGCAGUGUGUGGAUGCCAGUGAGAAGCCUCCCCUAAGGAGAGCUGCAGGCUGCAGCCAUCCUCCCUGCUGACAGUCCCAGGAAUGGGCCUGGCUGGGACAUCCGUGUGCCUUCCCAGGAGAGUGCAGCAGGGGAGUGAGGCAGGUGGGAACUCUGGAGGAGAGGUGAGAUCUGUGUUUGUUCCUCUUUGUGGUGAAGGAGCUGUUCUUGCUCUGAACUUUCCUCAGGCAACCUCGUGGUUAAAGAUGCAUAAACAAUAUGCACUUGCCUUGCUUGCAUAGUCCCUGAGGGAUUAAAUUAUUGCCUCCAUAGAAACAGCUUCUCUCUACUCUUCCUGCCCAGAGCAACAGAGGAAUCCAAAGAGUUUUUACGUUCAGGCAUGUUCCUUAAUUCGUGCCAUAUCUGUCAAUAUUAGCCAUCUGCUCUGAGUGAUGAUGCCUGCACAGACCCAUCUUCAUUUCUUUUGCUUUUAUGAUCUUUGUGUCAAUGCCUUCAGAUCCUUUUUGUGUGCAUGCACGUUUUUCAAAGGGUUGAGAGCCAGUAUAUUCCUGUCUGUUGCUUAUCAGAGGCAGGGAGGGAGUUCUACCUUCUUUUAAGAGCUAGAAAAUGGGAUCCACAUUUAACCUGAGUGCCUUUGAAUAUUUGUUAAAGUAUAGAUCUAACAAAAGGGCCAUAGCUCUGUGUGUCUCACUGGGAAUAAUGCAGAUUUCUGUUGCAGAGAUUUUGUGAAUAGAUGAAGGCAAUUUGUGUUGAACAUCAGUGAGAGCCAUCUGCAGAGUAGGGAGCUGAGCUCCUGGGUACAUUGUUCCGAGUUCCUCUUCUGGCAUCUGAUAAUUUUUUUGUGGGAGAGAAACUCGGGAAAGACAAUUAUUAAAAUCUGCUGCUUUGCCAAAAAAGAGACUGUCCAGCAGUCUCAGGUAAACACCAGCUUGAGAGAAGCUAGGACUGCACAUAUCACACAGUGUUUAGUCUCUUAAAAAACGCAACUCCCGGGAGAUCCAUGUGGCACCUUCUGUUCCUCAUCCCUCCCCUUGGCAGUGGCUGCAAUGAGCCAGGCAUAGGGUUCCUUCUAGGAGGAGGUUUCAGUCUGUUCUCUCACGCUCUGGCACGGUCCUGGAUAUUUGAUGGCAGAUUCUGGGGAAUGCCGUUGGGGUUAGGUGGGGUUGCAUGCAGUGGGGACUCAAGGGACACUUGGCCCGUGAAGCAGCUGCCAGCGGUGCCCUGCUCUGGGCUCCCUUCCCGGGGGCUGAUCCAACCUGUCUGUUUUGGCUCGGGGGGGAUCUUCCUGCCCCCUACUCUGCAGCAGAGGGAGCUGUACAGAGGUGCUGCCUGGCUGGGCUGCACAGGAGCCUGGGGGCUUCCAGCUCUGCCAAGGCCUUCAGUGCCAGUCCUGGGAAUGUUUCUGCACCCAAACCGAAUGGAGCUUCGUUCGUUGUUUUAGUGUUAUUUAAAAAUGUGCAUACUAGCGACCUGAUUUAUAAAGACUGUUUACAAGAAAUAUUUUGUAUCUUAAGAUGUGUGUACUGUAAAAAGAAAAAAAAAAAGGAAAGGAUGAAAAAUGAUGCUUUUCUACAGCUGUUAGCAGUGACUGCAUGUCCAUAUCAUUGUCCACCGACUGUUGUUCCUCAGGGGUCUCCCCGCCAUUCCUGUGAUCCUGUCAAAAGCAUAGGGAAGCAAGUGAAUCCCUGUACAGUCUUGGGAAGAAGGUUUUGUGCCUUAAGAAUGGGACCUGCUUCCCUCCUAUUUAUUAUGUUAAUUUAUACAGUGACUACCAUGGCAAUGUCUCUUGUAUUUUUUUUUUGUACAUAGUUUACUGUUGAUUGUUGUAAAUAAGUUUUUCUUGUAUAUAAAGUAAACAUGUUUCUGAGCUUCCAGUAAGGAUUCUCUGUUACUGAUUUUGUUGUGAGAGGGCUGCUGUGCCCGUCUGGUGGGAACCAGCUAAUAAAAAACUGUGCUGUGAUCAA